CAUCGUACCCAUAUUUUAUAUAUUUCUCAUCCCUCAAGCGUCGCCCUUCGUUCAUGUCUGUGUUGUGAUAUUUUUCUCUUCUUUGUUUUCUCUUGUGCUCUUCCAUCAUGGAAAGUGCGCAAGAAAACAACUGCAUGGAAGAGAACGGAGUGGAGAAAAAGAGAUUGGGAUUGCUCAGGGUGAAGGUUGAUCAAGAAGAUCCAGGUGCUAAGGGCUUAGAUGAUUUGAUGCUGAGAAGAUUUCUCCGAGCACGUGAUCUGAACGUCGAGAAAGCUGCUUCCUUAUUGUUGAGGUAUCUAAAAUGGCGGCGGUCGUUCGUUCCCAGGGGCUUCAUAUCCGAGGAUGAGAUACGGAAUGAGAUUGCCAAGGAGAAGAUGUUCUUGCAGGGAGUUGACAAGAAGGAGAGGCCCAUCAUGGUUGCGCUAGGAGUGAGGCACACUUACUAUGACCGUGAUCUGGAAGAAUUUAAACGUUAUCUCGUGUAUGGCAUUGACAAGAUAUGCGCUAGCAUGAAGGAAGGUCAAGAGAAGUUUGUAGUAAUUGGAGAUUUGGAAGGCUGGGGCUACGCUAACUGUGACUUCAGAGCCCACCUUGCAGCUGUAGAGAUGAUGCAGGAUUAUUACCCAGAGAGGCUUGCAAAAGUGUACCUGCUUCAUGCCCCUUACAUCUUCUGGACUGCCUGGAAGCUUGUCUACCCUUUCAUCGACAGUAACACUCGGAAAAAGAUUGUUUUCGUGGAAAACAAGCGUUUGAAAGAGACGUUGUUGGAAGACAUUGAUGAGGGUCAACUUCCGGAGCGAUACGGCGGAAAACUCCCCCUUGUUCCCAUCUACAAGUAGGGUCGCAAGUGGUUCGGAUUUGGUUUGACUGAAUUUUAGUGUAUUUUACUGUAUCAGAUCCGACCCGAUUGUGACCUUACCCAGAAGGCAGACUCUCUCUCUCUCUCUUUCUCUCUCUCAUAUAAUUAUAUUGAUAAUUGUAAUGUCACACUCAAACAAUUUAAGUCUCUAAAUUAUUAGUAA